AUGAAGGUCUGUCCGAGUACAGUUAUUUCGGUCCUCGAGGCCGCCAACGUCCUCAGAACGUGCCCGGCCGAUGGUGCCGUCUCAGCAUGUUGCACCGCGUUGAAAACGAGCCCUCUCGCAGAAAAGGUCUUCUACCCCAGCAACUCCGCCUACCACACCUCCCUCUCAACCUUCUGGCGCGCCGACAUCCAACAAACCUACCCAGCCUGCAUUGUCCAGCCCCACAACACCGAGGAUGUCUCCCUCACACUCUCCAUCCUCGUUGAGUCCAAUGACAACACGACCCGCUGCCAAUUCUCCAUCCGCUCCGGCGGCCACGGGACGGUCCUCGGAUCCACGAACCGAGAGUACGGCGUGACGGUCGAUCUCUCGCUUCUGAAUAGCACCGUGUAUAACCCCGAGGCGGGAACGGCGUCGAUUGGGCCGGGGGCGCGGUGGAAGGGGGUUUAUACGGCGCUCGCGGAGUACGGGGUGGCGGUUCCGGGGGGAAGAGGCGGGACGGUGGGUGUUGGGGGAUUUGUUACGGGGGGUGGGAAUUCGUUUCAUAGUGCACGGUAUGGGUUUACGUGUGAUGCUGUGGUUAAUUUUGAGAUCGUCCUCGCCUCCGGCGCCAUAAUCCACGCAAACGAAACCUCCCAUCCCACCCUCUUCAAAUCCCUAAAAGGCGGCUCCGGCAACUUCGGCAUCGUAACCCGCUUCGACAUCGAGACUUUCCCCUCAACAGACCUAUGGGGCGGAAUCGCCGUCUACGACCACGCCAGCACCGUCGACUCCCAAGUCGACGCCCUCGUGCAGUUCACUGCAAACGUGCACAGGGACCCGAAUGCGAGUUUGAUCCCGCUGUAUACGUACAAGAGUGAGGUUGGGGUCCCGCUUAUUGUGAAUUCGUUUGUGUAUGCGGAGCCCGUGGCGUAUCCGGAUGCGUUUGGGGCGUUUUAUGCGCUGCCGAAUGUUUCGGAUAGUAUGCGCUUUACGGGGUUGGAGGGGUUGGUCGGGGAGUUGGAGCCUGAGGCGGGAUUGCAUAACAACUUCUUCACCCUCACCUUCGCCAACGACCCGGCAAUCCUCAAGAAAGCAAUCUCAAUCCACGACCGCAUGAUCGAGGAAGCGAGGAAGCGAGCGCGUAGCGAGUCCUGGUCGAUCAUCAGCUUGUUCCAGCCUCUUCCGAGACUGUUUGCUGAACUGGGACAGAAGAAGCGCGGUGGGAAUGUUCUUGGAUUGGAUGAGAAGGGAGAUUAUAUAUUGGAUCUCCUCUGGUUGACCUGGGAUGAUGUCGAGGACACGGAGCUGUUCGACUGGAUCGGGAAGGCGUUUGUGGCGGAGUUGGAUGGGGUUGCGCGGUCUGUUGGUGGCGACUAUCCGUAUGUCUAUCUAAACUAUGCAGCAGGGAACCAGAAUCCGUUGCGGAGUUAUGGCGCGGAGAAUCUGGAGUUUAUGCAGCGCGUGGCGGAAAAGUAUGAUCCACUGGGUGUCUUUCAGGAACAGGUUCCUGGAGGUUUUAAAGUUACCAAGGCUUGA